CCCUGACGUUGUCGGUCCCCAUUGGUUCUCUCCCGCAGCACAUGUUCAGGGGCAUCUGGAUAAAGACGCCUCUGGCCCACGUCUGCCUCCUACAUCGUCCUCCAGCCUCCACCUCCUGCGGGACACCUCCUAGCGAGCCGGCACGAUGAGCAUAGACGAUUUUGUAGGCAAGUGGAGCCUCAUCUCCAGCGAAGGCUUUGAGGAGUACAUGAAGGAAUUAGGUGUGGGUGUGGCCCUGAGGAAAAUGGGGAGCAUGGCCAAACCAGAUGUUUACAUCAGCAAGGAUGGAGAUACAAUCACCAUAAAAACAGAAAGCACCUUUAAAUCUUCACAGCUCAGCUUCAAGCUGGGUGAGAAAUGUGAGGAAAAUACAUUAGAUGGCAGGAAAGUUCAGACUCUUGUCACCUUAGAUGGUAACACAUUGACUCAGCUCCAGCAGUGGGAUGGCAAGGAGUCCACAAUAACACGGAAGAUAGAGGAUGGGAAACUGGUGGUGGAAUGUGACAUGAAUGGUUGCAAGUGUAAGAGAGUCUACCAGAAAGCAUGAGGACAUUGUCUCCAUACUGGAGUUUGCUACAAACGAGCUCAGUUUAGCGAACAAAGCUCCUCUACUCUCCAGGUUUUUCCUUUUCCCUGUUUUGUAGUAUUUCAAUGGACUGCACAGCUGUGUGCAAUCAUAUUUCAAAGCGAUGAUGUAACUAUUCUGAACGGUUGUGGCUGUUAAAUAAAAUUUUCAGAUAUAUGAAGUGGAGCUGUUGUCAAUAUAGUGGAAUUUUAAAGAUUUUCUUUUUCAAGUGAAGAUUUAUAAAAGCUCAUUAGUUAUGCAGGGGAGCCUAAAAUCAGUAUUAAAUCACAAAUGAUGGGGAUAUCAUCUCACUGGAAGAGUUAAGGUAUAGUUAACAGCAAACUGCAUUUUGGUUCAGAUAUUCAUAUUUCAUUGAUGAUAAAGGUAAUAAAAUUGUAUCAAGUGGAACAAUCA